UAUCACAAGCGGUACCCAGCCGGGGAGAGAGCAUCUGCAUGCGGGCAGCAGGGCGUCCUCCUCACACACAAUGCCCGGCGCUCCAUGCACGGUUAGCCCGCUGAAGCGGCCCUGAUAUGUACCCGUGAUCGCAUACAUGCACCGGACCGAGACACCCGAUCUGCGGGGCCUGGCGGAGCCGUGCCUUGUUCUUUGAGCCCCGAUCUCCGUGUCCAUGCAGUCCUAGCAGUGACAGCCCCGAAUCCAAACGCCACAGAGCCCUGAUACCGAGGGAGACAUGAAGAUCUGGAGCUCGGAGCAUGUGUUCAGUCACCCGUGGGAUACGGUAAUAAAGGCAGCUAUGAGGAAAUACCCCAAUCCCAUGAAUCCUUGCGUGGUAGGAGUAGACGUGGUGGACCGUAGUCUUGAUACCCAGGGCAGACUCCACAGUCAUCGGCUCCUCAGCACAGAAUGGGGGCUCCCGGGCCUUGUGAGGGCGAUUCUUGGGACCAGUCGGACGUUAACAUAUAUCAAUGAACAUUCCGUAGUUGAUCCGGUAGAAAAGAAAAUGGUUCUGUGCUCAACAAAUAUCACACUUACAAAUUUGGUGUCUGUUGAUGAACGGUUGGUUUACACUCCACAUCCAGAAAAUCCAGAAGAGACUGUUCUAACUCAAGAAGCCAUAAUUACUGUAAAGGGAGUGAGUCUAAGCAGUUAUCUGGAAGGAUUGAUGGCUAACACAAUUUCUUCCAAUGCUAGAAAGGGAUGGGAUGCAAUUGAAUGGAUCAUACAAAACUCUGCAAGCUCUGUAAGCUAACAGUGCCUGGCUUUGCCGUGCUGCUUUUUCUAACUGCUGAGACAUGAGGCCCUUUAGUGAGUCACUUAACGACGAUGAUGGGAUAUUUCGAGACCAGACGGCAAGAUUUCAGCAAUGGCAGCUACAUCUUCCAAAACAGCUAUGAAGAUACUGUUCGGCCACAUAGACUCUCCUGUUUUGGUUUUAUUUUUGGCUCUACAAGCACUCAAUGGCAAGCCUCUAUUUUUUAUGCAUUUGUACAUUUUUUAAUGGUCAACCUCAAAAACAAUAUUUUGCAAUAAAUAUACAGCAAUGCUUACUGGGAAUCUUUAACGCUAUUAGUGGGACCUAUAUUGACUGUAUAAGUAAUGGGUUAAUACUCAGAUUGCUGAAAUUUUCUUCCAUCAUUCUAAUAUAUACGUACAACAGAUUCAUGUUAGCACAGGAAGGGUUUUGUUUAGUUUUACACAUAUGAUUUUACAAAUAUUUGUGUGAAAUUAGUUCAGAGUCUGAAUACAAUGA